AAGUCUUUGUUGUGUAAUGUCGAAGCGAGUCGCCGAGAGUCAACUGACUAAGGACGAUGCACCUCUGGAAGACAACGUGGAGGACCCUGGCACUGGGCGGGAGAAGGCCUCUGCUGAUAUACUUGCGAAGCGCAAAAUUGUCUCAGUGAGACGGAAAACUGAAGGAGCAGCUCCCGCGGCAGCGGAAAAGCCUUCCACGGUAUCGGAGACGGAAAGUGUAGCUUCCUCACAGAACCCAUUCGCUAAUCUGGGGACGUCAUCCAAGUCGGGCGAGAGUGAGGAGGCACCCAAGAGCAGCAAUCCCUUUGCUGGUAUCUCGUUCGCCAGUGCGUCGAAGCGUGGUGGAGGCGGCCUCUUUGGCGACAUCGGGAAGAAAAUGUCCGAGGGAAGUGGCAGUGGAUUCGCUGCUUUCGGCGCCGACCAGGCUAGCAAGUCAGAAACCGCGGAGCCGACUAGCCCAGAAGAAGGAGAUUCCUCAGAGGCGUCUGAGCCUCAACCUCACCCAGUCUGCAGUGGUGAGGAGGGCGAAUCGUUGAUGUUCUCAUCUGAUUGCAAGUUGUAUAAGCUCAUGAAACAGGAAGAAUCAGGGACAGCAGCGAGCUCAAGUACCGCUGAAGCUCAGUCUGCAGGUCCGAAGUAUAAGUGGACAGAGAGGGGCAUGGGUAGUCUUAGAGUCCUCAAGAAGGACAGCGAUGACAACGCUAAAGCAGCUGGGCGGAUAGUAGUCCGUAUGAAGGGAGUUUGGAAGGUCAUAUUGAAUACACCGAUUUUAGAUGCCGAGAAAUACGAUAUGGUGGGCUCCAAAAGCGUCAAGUUCUUCGGUCUGGAUGAUGAGAGUACCGAGGAAGGUCAACUUGCGUCUUACCGUGUUAAUAUGCUAUCUUCCGGAAAUCAGUCGGAGUUCCUGAAGGCGGUGAAGAGCUUUUCACCAAGUGGCGCCUCUACUGCUGCUCCAACACCCGAAACAGCAGCUGAGAAGAAAGAAGAGUCUAUUAAAGCCUAA